AUGGGUUCACGCAUCCCAAUAACGAAGCUUCAUGAGCAUCCAAAGGACUCGAGUAGCGAUACCUCAACAGUCGUACAAGACUGGGACAAACUCGUCAAGCCGCAGCCUAACCAGGUGGAUGCCAAAUUAAAAGCGCUGAUAUACCGCCUGUUUGAUGAGCUUGACUCUGGUAGCUGGAAUUCUAGGAUCAACGAAACAGGUGGCUCCUGUCAGCCCAGCAACGCAGCAGUUCGAGCCUACGUAAGCCAGCUGAGAAAUGGCGUCUCAACAAUCCUUGGACAAGGCCCGAUCCCACGAAAUCAGAGUUGGUCAGAUGCCGUAGCAUAUGCCCGUGCUGUGAUACAGGAACCCCAAGACACGGUGCAGCGCUCAAAGGCGACUUGGGCCAGGUCAUGCUCUACAAUUCACCACGAACUAAAAAAGCGAUUUGGGCAAGGAGUGAAGUCAAUGGCUGUUGAAGGGUGUGCUCAACUGGUGGUUGAUCAUUAUCUCGGAAAAAGGCUCAGUGUGUCGCACGUGGAUAAAGAGGAGAGCUUUCGCCAGCACUUCCUCACGCUGAAGCCAAGUCUCGCAUACUAUCCUAAUAGCAGCCCUCUAGCAGUUGGAGCCUACGAAAGCGCUUUUCUGUCGUGUUCUUUGGUAGCAUCUGCUUGGCUCUCUACUGAGGAGGCAUUAAAGUACGCAGCUAUAUGCAACUUGUCGGUAUGUGACGACUAUUGGAACUUCACUGGCACAGAAACUGAAGUGCGGCUCCGGCUUGUUGCCCAGUCGAUAGGAGCUGCCUUUGACUUUGGUGACAAGGCAGCCAAUGUGCUUAUUGAUGGGACUGCAUUACAAGCCGUCGGAUCGAGCGAAGAGGUAUCUCUGCAGUCUGCCAUGGCGUGGAGGGCAGUGUGUGGCGGAGCUACGGCCUAUAAUGGACAUACACUUGCGAAUGAUACUCUUGAAGAGGGCCUUAUUGCCCCCCAAGUCAUAUUGGCAAUCCACGAUUUGUUUGAUUGGAGAACUGAUAUUGCAGCUGGAAAUUCAGAAAACGGUUUCUCGGCCGCUUAUGGUCUUAGAAUCGCUGACCCGUUUCACGCGUACCUUGAGGCUGCGCUGCUCCUCGCGGGCUCGCACGCGAGAUCUGGUGCCUACGCGAUCGCAUCCAUCGCAAUAGCAGCCUUUACUGCUUGUCGAUAUUCGUCUUAUAAAUACCUUACAGUGGAAGUGGAGUUUCCAAAUCCAUGUUCUAGAUGCACUGAGCUUCUCCAGGAGCUGACAAUCGAGGCAGGUUUUUCCGGGGCUCCGAAAUCGCCACCAAAGACUUUUGAAGAGGGGGAACAAGUUCGCCUGCUUUGCCAGCUCUGGGCUGACCGAUAUGAAGAUAGCGGUCUGAUUCAACUAGGACUUAGUUGGUUUCAAAGCCUCGUGGAUACCGGCACAAUACGAAUAUUUGAUGCACUUGUCAAGAUUCCUGGGAUUGAUAAGAAUGCCGGGUGGGUUUAA